UCGGGACGCCCGUUUUGCCUUCCGCCGCCCUUCUUCCAGUAUAUUGGUCUUCGUUACGUGGAAGGCGGCCCAACUAACGAGGAGCGUUACUGCGGGAGUGUCUUGGGGAUGGACCCCGAAGUUGACAUUAUGACCGACGCGGGUUUUCGCGAAUCUGUUGAUGGCAUUCCAAAUGGCUGCGUUAAGAUUGCUGAGUACUGCAUGGCUCAGUUCAAGGCUCAUGCUAGAGUUGAACCCAAACGCGCAUUGGAUUUUGCCUGUGGAGCUGGUCGGGUAUCCUUUGAAUUGUCUGCUCUUUUUUCCCAAGUGGUUGGUUCCGACUUCACGGCCCGCUACCUUAUCCCGGCCUAUGCGAUGCUGGAACGUGGCAAAUGUACCUAUAGCACUUUGGAAUCUUCUUCGCUCCAGCGUGUGGCAAAGAUGGCUGAAGCUUCAAAUUAUUCCUGGGACUCCAAUCGUAAACGCGUCACCUUUUUUCAGUCUGACCCCACAAACCUUCACAGUCACAUGAAAGAUUUUUCUUUGAUUGUGUGCUGGAAUGCCCUGGAGAGAAGCUCAGCCCCUGCCGCUAUCCCGUUGCAUAUGCUGAGUCGACUGGAAGAGGGUGGUCUCCUUGUCAUUGAAUGUCAAUAUGAGUGGGUUGAAGGAGGCCCAUCGGCGAGGGAAAAUCCGGGUGAGACUUCGUUGCCUCAUAAUGGAUUUGCAGAGGAAGAAAUAUAUAAUCUUCUCGGAGCUGAAUCUGCCGUCGAGCGUGUCGGGGAGCCCUUUGAGGUGGUGGUCGCGUUCCCAGAGUCUGACAGUGUGGUGAAGCUAAAAAAGAUACAUUUGACCACGUACCUGAAAAAGAAAAGCAAUUAA